CAACUGGAUCACAAUGAUGGUUCCUUGGACGGCACCUGCAUUAUUUCAGCUCUCAAACUCGCCAUUGAAGAAAUAACUGAGACAGAUAAACCACCAGCCCACAUCUUGGAAAAUAAGCUAUCAUGUACAUCUGAUUUGGAGAAGGGAUAUUUGACAUUGUCUCACAACACAACCGCUGAUGGUCAUACGGUGAUGGUCAUGAGUGGGAUGAAGGUGGAUGAGACUAGUGCGACUGCUGGGGAAAGUGGAACAGGGGUGCCUUUGGGAGGUGUUACGGGACAUGAAGAAAACGCAGGGCUUGUUAAACACCAAGCGGAGAAGGCUCCUCGGUUUCUCAAACAGUGCCGUGUUCAGCUAAAAAGACUGGACAUGCCGCCGCGGACUCGCCCUGCGAGACGAAACAGAGGCCUGAGGAUGAAAAAGAUGCUGUUGGAGGAGAAGAGAGCUCUUUGCGAAGAGGCCCUCCCUGCCUACAAGUCGGCUUCCAGGAAAACAAAACCCUCCAAUAGGACUCUCGUACACAUCUCUGAGGAAUCGAGCAGCUUCGGCAAAGUCGACUCCUCAUACAUGGCUCCCAUCGACGAUUGCAGUGACGAAUCGUGGUCUUACUACUCUGAUGAGGACUCUUGCCAUAAGACCGCUGGCAGCGGUCAUAGUAUGGCCGAAUCGUGGUCCAACUACUCGGAUGACGAGCCUCCGUUUGUGACUCCCGUCGGUAGUUCUACUGAAGGUGAUUCCAACGAGGACCCUUCCUUCGCGGGUCCUAAAAGGGUAUCAGCUGCCAGCAGAAAGCCGGGCAUCUCCGACGUCAAAGCCGGCGCUCCCAAAAAGACUCGGAAAGUCCAGUGUAUCAUCUGCAAUGAGCCCGUGAGCACGAGCCUGAGGACCCACAUGAAAACCCACUUCCCCACCGGUGGUUACACCUGCCCCCGGUGCGACAGCAGGUUCAAGCUCUUCUCGUCGUUGAGGCUGCACUUGAACAGGACCUGCUUCGAGCACGGUCAGCAGCAGGCGGAUCCGGCCAAGCCGGGAGAAGCCGACAAUCUUUUCAAAUGUGACGAGUGCGGCGAGGCUUUCGGGCACCAGGUUUCACUGGAAGGGCACAAACGGACCCACAAUGAACUCUACUGCAGCGUGUGUAGGAAGGUGCUGCGGGACGCGGCGACGCUGGCCAGGCACAAGGCCUCCCACACCCUGUUUCAGUGUAACCGCUGCGAGGAGACCUUCGUUCUGUUCAAGCCCUUGCUCAGGCACUGCGAGAACGUCCACCAAAUCAGGAGGCCGUUCAAAUGCAACUAUUGCCCCAAAGUCGUAGCCAAGCUGCGCGCUUUGAUCGUGCACGAGUGGAAGCACACGGGCCACCUGCCGUUCCAGUGCGCCCUGUGCUGCCUGAGAUUCAAAAGCGACGCGGAUCUCACCUCCCAUGAGAGGGUCCACACCAGAGAGAGGCCCUACCUGUGCGACGAUUGCGGCAAGACGUUCUCCCAGAGGUCCAACCUGCUGCGGCACUUGAAUUUCAUCCACGGCGAGUCUCGGAACGAGAAGAAGUAUUCUUGCACCGAGUGCGAGAAGUCCUUCAAGGAGAAAGGGGCCCUGAAGAAACACCAGAAGGCCAAACACUUGUGCGAGUUGUUCCGUCACCCGUGUCCGUACUGUGGAAAGAUGGUCUCCACGUCGACAAUCGCGAGACAUAAAUUGAUCCACACGGGAGAGAGGCCUUUCAAGUGCACCGUGCCCGAGUGCGACAAGUGCUUCAGGUCAGCUUCUGAAGUGAAGAGGCACGUGCUUGUGCACCACACCACGGAGAGACCGUAUAAAUGUGAUGUCUGUGGAAAGGGCUUUAUAAAAGUGUGUUAUCUCAACGCACAUGCUAAAGUACACUCAGGGGAGAAGCCAUUUGUUUGUCAUUUAUGCGGCAAGGCUUUCCCCAAGCGCUACAGCAUGCAAAGACAUAAAACACUUGUGCACGCAUUUGUAACGCAUUAACCCGCAUGGAAGGAAUGCUUCGUUAAACAGCGGUCGGACAAAAUUGACAUGUAGAGAAUUCACUGUUCGAACCAUUGACAUUUUGAAACAGGUUUAUAUUGAGACAUAAUAUUUUCUAAAAGCCAUAUCAAACAAACCUGAGAGAAACAUAC